UGAGAAUCUGCUGCAGCUGCUGAUUAUCUGACUCUCUGGACCGGGUUGAGAGGAAAUUUGGACCUGCUGGACUCUGCUGGACCAGGACCAGGACCAGAACCAGAACCAGGACCAGAACCAGGACCAGGACCAGAACCAGAACCAGGACCAGAACCAGGACCAGGACCAGAACCAGGACCAGAACCAGAACCAGAACCAGAACCAGAACCAGAACCAGAACCAGAACCAGGUCCAGGACCAGGACCAGGACCAGGUUUCAGCAUCAUCAUGGCGGAGGCCCCCGCGGCCCCUGCGGCCCCCGCGGCCCCCGUGGCCCCCGCGGCCCCGGAUCUGUUCUCGGCCCCGGAUCUUUUCUCUGAGCAGGAACUGACCUGCUCCAUCUGCCUGGAUCUGUUCAGUGACCCGGUUUCUACGCCCUGCGGACACAAUUUCUGCCAGGCCUGCAUCGGUGGCUACUGGGCGUCCAGCUCCGUGUGCACUUGUCCGCUCUGCAAACACGGCUUUGACGAGCGGCCGCAGCUCAGCAUCAACAAGGUGUUUGCGCUCAUCGCCGACAAGUACAAGCUGUCGCGCUACGGCGCCGACGCCGCCACGGGGGGCCCGGCGUGGCCCGACCCCACAGCCGGGGGCCCCAGCACCGGCGCGGGGCCCCCGGCGGGGCCCGACGGGCCCCCCCCGGAGGACACGGUGUGGUGCGACGUCUGCACCGGCGUGAAGCGGCCGGCCCAGAGCUCCUGCCUCACCUGCACCGCCUCCUACUGCUCCGAGCACCUGCAGCCGCACAACUCCUCCCCCUUCUACGCCAAACACCCGCUGAUGGAGCCGGGGGAGGCCCUGAGGGGCCGCACCUGCAGCACGCACCGCCGCCUCAUGGAGGUUUACUGCAGGACGUGUCAGCGCUGCAUCUGUGCCAUCUGCGUCCUGGAGGAACAUCGGACCCACAGAACCGUCUCCGUGCAGACGGAGCGGCUCAGCAAGCAGAAACAGGUAGCGAAGACGGAGCAGGACGUUCUGAACCAAAUCAGGGAGAAGGAGCUUCGUCUGGGAGACUUGAAGACCAAGAUGGCCGCCGCAGAGAGCCACGCCCAGCGGGAGCAGGGCGACGUGGAGCAGCUGCUGGACCAGGUCCAGGCCUCGCUGGACCAGAUCCGGUCCCAGGUGUUGGACCGGGUCCAGAACCAGCUGGAGGCCGUGAUGUCAAAGGGGGUGGGGCUUGUGAGCCGCCUGGAGGCGGAGCUUAGCCGGCUGUCGGAGCGGCGCGCCGCGCUGGAGGAGACGGCCAUCAGCCAGGACCACAUCCACUUCCUGCAGGGGUUCGAGGAGGCCACGGCCCCCCUGGAGGAGGGGGGGCAGCAGGACCCUGGGGACGAGGAGGACGAGGACUUCCACCUCCACCUGCACCUGGAGGAGGUGAAGAUCGGCCUGGCGGAGGUGAAGGACAAGAUGGAGGACGUCCAGACCGGAGAGGCCCGGCCCCGGGGCUCCUCCAGGGGGUCCCGGGGGUCCCGGGGGUCCUUUUCCGGGGACCUGAUGGCGUCGCAGGCGGAGAGUCUGAGGGGCAGCGUGGUCAGUCUGAGGAAGAGCCACUGGUCCCUGAGAGAUGGGAAGAGGAUCAAGACGAUCUCAGGACACAAGAAGGCCCGGGUCUACAUGGAGGACGUGGUCCUGAACCCGGUGUCGGCGUACCCGUUCCUGGUUCUGUCGGAGGACCGGAAGCAGGUGAAACGAGGAGAGAAGCUGCAGAUCUUCAGGACCAGCCCGCAGAGGUUCGACGUCUGGUCCUGCGUCACCAUGAAGGAGGGGUUCAGCACCGGGAGACACUACUGGGAGGUGCUCGUGGGCGACAACAAGGACUGGAAAGUGGGCGUGGUCAGCGAAUCAGCUCCCAGGAAGGGCCUGUUCGACAUGUGUCCCGCUAACGGCUACUACGCUAUCUGGUGGAGCGGCAGCCAGCUGAGGGCGCUGACGGCCCCGCCCCUCACCAAGGUCAAAGGUCACCCCAAGCAGGUGGGCGUGUUCCUGGACGUGGAGGAGCGUCAGGUUUCCUUUUACAACGUCAAGUCCGGCUCAGAGAUCUGGAGCUUCAGCGGAUCCUUCAGCGACAAGAUGUUCCCUCUGCUGGGGACGGGGGACAAGGAGGUCCCGCUGGUGCUGGUCUGAGGGUCCUGGACCAGGACGUGGUCCUGGACCUGGACCAGGUCUGAGGGUCCAGACCUGGACCUGGUCCUGGGACACGGGACUGACAGCAGAACCUGAAUCUCCAGUUUCCCUCGUUCCCCAGCCUUCUCUUUUCUGUGUUUUCUGCUUUGAAUGAUGUUAAAAGUGUUUUAAAAUGUCAAAAUCAAAAUAACGAAAUAAAAAUGUUGGUAUUAAA